GUGAAUCUAUAAUUGUUGAGGUGCUUUUGUAUUCUGGAUUUUAGUGUGUACUUUUAUAGUUGCAGUGUUUAUCAUGUUAAUAGACUGUAUAAUAUACCUAUAGUGCAGGUGUUGUAUUUGUGAUCUGAAUUUAACUGUUUUCUUGGAAUAUUUAAAUGUUAACGAUUGACCAUAAAGAGAAAGUUUGAGGAUGACGUACGAACUCGAUUCCGGCAAGGGCUAUGCUGUGCUGCUGGUGUAUGAGAAGUUUAAACAUGUCAACAACAGAAAAGGAUCUGAGAAAGAUUUUGAAAACAUGAAAUAUUUAACAAAAUCCCUGGGGCUGGAGCAGAACAACCUAGGACAUGAAAAAAACCUUACAAGAGAUGAAACUCUGAAAGUACUGGAAGAUGCUCGAAACAGUUUAAUAACAAAAGAUGACUGCCAGAUGUUCGUUUUCAUGAUCAGCACUCACGGCGAAGAAUCUGCAAACAAUGCUGCUGCUGGUCAGAAGGACCAUGCUUUGGUCUGUUCUGAUGAUAAAAAGAUUUUUCUGAGCACAGAUGUAGUCAAGAGGUUUAGUGACCACAAUUGUCCAGUAUUGAAGGGCAAACCAAAGCUGUUCUUCAUUCAGGCAUGUAGAUCUGUGCACCACACAUGGUAUAUGGAAAAGGGUACAAAGUUGAUCAAUACUGAUGCCAAAAUAAGCACCAACCGUGAUAAAACGACGAUAACUGUUGCAAGAGACAAAGAUAACAACUACGAAACAAAGCAGUCAAUUGAUGUAGAGGACAUCGCCCAAAUCCACACUUCAAAAAGUUCGGACAACAUAAAAGAUUCAAAAGAAUUCCAUUUGGUUUUAAAGGGUGGGAAGGGGAAAGAAGAAUUCAUUGCAAGUACUCAGGACCAUGCAGACGCCUGGGUUAUUGGUCUUUGUGAUCUAAUGUUGCCUAAAAAUAGCGUUUCAUCAAUUCUUGCAAAGCGUAUUUGGAUGGAUGGCAAAGAAGAAAAUGGACAUGUAAGGUUCCAGAAGCGUUUAAAUGGCAUUUUGUGGGAUUAUUGCUCGAGUGACGUGACAGGUGUUGCUGGUGGAGCUGGAAGUCAGACAAGUGCAGAUUUAUUGACCAUGGAAAGAGAAAAUAAAGAUGAGAUUGAGGCAGAUACAACGGGCCGCUACGACAAUGAAACCAAGGUUUUGGGUUUCACACAACCCUUACAGGACAUGAACAUCAAUACAGGAACCGAUGAUGUCAUCUUGUCUUGUAAGACUAAUUGUCCAAACGUGAAAUGGGGAAAAGAUGGGAAGCCUAUUGAGUCCACUACUAGAGUCAAGAUUGAGCAGAAAGGCUUCGUACAUCAGCUGAAAUUCACAAAGGUUGAAAAUGGUGAUUCAGGGCUCUAUACGUGCAGCAUUUCUAAAGAUUGUUCAACAAGUUCAUCACUCAACGUAGGAGGUUUAACAAAACGCUUACAGAAUAAGUACUUAGACGCGGGCACAGAAAAUGUCACAUUAUCUUGCACGACAAAUAGUGACAAAGUAAAAUGGAAAAAAAGAUGACAAACCUAUUGAAUCAACGUCUAGAAUCAGGAUUGAGCCAAUAUGCUUCCUACAUCGACUGAUAUUCACAAAGGUGGAGUAUGGUGAUUCUGGGAAGUAUGUGUGCAGCACCACAGAAGGGUGGUCAACAGAGUCAACACUCAUCGUUGGAGAAUUUUUAGCUCCAAAGAAAUUGUCAUGGUCUGAGAGCAAAAAAAGUGUUUACAAUUAGGUGUUCGGAUGAGAGUGAUAUAAAGUUUCAAACAAACAUCCUUGAGGAAUAUGCGAAGGGAGACGACUGGUUAAAUACUCUGACUUAUGUCAUGCAUUUUCCAAGCUAUGGAAAAGAUGAGGGGGUCUCAGUCAAGCAGACCAUGAAUCCCACAGAUACCAACUCCGGGGAACAAACAAAGCGAAAUGAAACGGACACCCUACGUCUCCUCAUCCAGGAACGCAGGGAUGGAA